AUGGUCUUUUUAUUUUCAGGGAGCUGCUUCUGUUGUGUGGCCCUGAAGCCACGUUAUAAGCGAUUGGUGGAUAACAUCUUCCCUACAGAUCCUCAGGAUGGGUUAGUGAAGAGCAAUAUGGACAAAUUGCUUUUUUAUGCUUUAUCCACACCAGAAAAACUGGAUAGGAUAGGAGAAUACCUUGCCCAGAGAGUGAACAGGGAUAUUCACCGGCAUCGGAGAAUUGGAUUUGUUUUUUUGGCUAUGGAUGCUUUAGACCAAUUGCUGUUGGCAUGUCAUGCUCAGGCCAUCAACCUAUUUGUGGAGAGUUACCUGAAAAUGGUGCAAAAGCUGCUCGAAUAUGAUAAUGUUGAUCUGCAAAUAUUGGCUACAUCAUCAUUUGUGAAGUUUACUAACAUAGAAGAAGACACUCCAUCAUAUCAUCGGCGUUAUGACUUUUUUGUAUCUCGAUUCAGUGCAAUGUGUCACAGUGAUCUAGAAUCAGCCAAUGAUCGUCUCAGGAUCCGAACAGCUGGUCUGCGAGGUAUCCAGGGUGUGGUACGCAAAACAGUUAGUGAUGAACUGCAGGUCAACAUCUGGGAAAGUGUGCACAUGGACAAAAUUGUACCGUCUUUACUUUACAAUAUGCAUGAUCCAAGCUCAGAUUCAUUAGAGCCUGAAAGUCCAAAGGAAGAUGAUCAUCCUUUCUCUGUAGCUGAGACCACUUUCCGAGAUCUUGUUUGCCGUGCAUCAUUUGGCAGCAUUAAAUCUGUGCUGAAACCUGUUCUAGUACAUCUAGAUUUACAUCAGUUGUGGGUACCGAAUGAUUUUGCUGUCAAAUGUUUUAAAAUUAUUAUGUAUUCAAUUCAAGCCAAAUAUAGUUACCUGGUCCUUCAGAUGUUGAUGAGUCAUUUGGACAACCACCUGAAAAGUGACCCUAUGAUUAAAGCAAGCAUCAUUGACGUGCUCUUUCAGACAGUACUUAUUGCAGCAGGAGGCUCUGUAGGUCCUUCAGUCUUAGAAGUAUUUGAUACUCUUCUUCGGCAUCUACGAGUGUCUGUUGAUUCCAAGUACCAAGAAGCUGAAAAGAUGGCCAUGGAAAGAAAAUUCCAGGAAGUUAUUAUCAAUACUAUUGGUGAAUUUGCAAAUAAUCUUCCAGACUAUCAAAAAAUUGAUACAAUGAUGUUUGUGCUUGGAAAAUUACCACAAAAGACAAGUAGUGAAGAUUAUGGAACCCCGCCAAUUGAUAUACAACUACAAAACAUGCUGUUAAAAACUUUACUUAAGGUGGCUACCAAGUACCAGACAGUUGUGAUGAUGAAUGCCUUCCCUCCAGAAUUCCUGAUUCCUCUACUGAAGAUGUCACAGGUAGAAGAACCUGCUCUCCGCUUGAUUGUACAGGACAUUCUACAUACACUUAUUGAUAGACAUGGGAAUACACCAAAGUUAAAAACUGUUUGUAUUUUGAAAGACCUGUCAGACUUGACCAUAGAAACCACUUCACGACAAGACAUAAUGUUUAUGAAAAAGACUGGCAAUCAUUUUUAUCAUCAUUUGUAUGAAAAUAUUGAAAUGGAAACCAACCAUCUGGAUAAUUUUGCAUCCCUCUAUUGCACUAUGGCUUUAAUAUUAGUUGAAGUUGGAAGUAAUGAAAUUCUUGUGGAUCUGUGUCGGCUUGCUCUUGAUAUUCAGCAUAUGGUUUGUACCACCAACCACCUUCCUAUCAUGCACAAAUGUGCUAUUCAUGCUUUACUCGCAGCCUACUUAAAUCUUUUGGCUCUGUUGAUGGCCAUUCCUGCCUUUUCAGAUCAUGUUAAUCAGGUUCUUGCAUGCAGAGCUGAGGAAGCUCCAUUUUUACUCCCCGACUUUGCAUUUAAUCGAAAAAACAGAUCGAGCAGUUAUCCAACUGACACCACCAUGAAAGAGAGCUGGCUUUUCUCCCAAAAGAACAUAUCAGAGAGUUUACAGAAUAAUGGCCAUGAUACAGCUGGACUUGAUGUACCUUUCAGUUUACGCCCAUUUGGUGUGGGGGAGAGCACUGAUAUGACUCACAGUACAAGUGACAUCCAUUCUGUUAACUUGGAGAUUGAAAGUGCAAAUGGAUCACCCACAGUUCCUAAGAAAGUGGAUGAUGUCACCUUUGAAGCGUUGAAGAAAAUGCUCAAUGAAGAAGAAACGGUUGAUAAGGAUGAAGAAGUAAAGAAACGUCUGCAAAUCUUUGAAACGUUCCGGGAUGCUCCAUUUGAAGAAAUUGUGGCACGUUCUGAAGCCAAAUCCAACCACUUCCACAACAAGUUGAAUGAAAUCCUCGAUUUGGUUUCGAAUCCCCCGGAGACACCAUCUUCAGCCACCAACCUCAGUUCCCCUGAAGAUUCCAUUCCUGUAUUUCACAUGCAAAUUCCUGAUCUUUAUGUCUACUAA